CUUCCAGCAACAAGCACGCUGUGGGGAGAAGCUCCACAUCCGAUGAGCGGCGAUCAGUCCGUCUAAUAAAAUACAGUAAGACAGAAAUGAGAAUCCGUACGUGUCGAUGAGCCUAAACGUGAGGCGCAGCGCUGACUUGCCGCCUAUCUGUCUUCCCCUCUCGCGCUCCUGGGCUGCUUUAUAGGUUCGGCGUGGCGUGGAUCCUUUAUUCUGGUUGUAUAAUUUUUUUCUACAUCAACCUCCCACUAUCUAUCGCCCUCCAAAUCUCUGCACUUAUAUCUCAGCGCGCAUGGAGAGAAAGGGGGAUUUCAAAGAAGGAUUAUGGCAUUUUGACUUUUUAAAUUUUCAGUUCUAUUUAUUAUAAUCUUUAUUUUACAUGGCGAAAGGGCUAUGCAAACGGGUCGCUGCUGGGUGUGAUACAAUCGCCGCGGAUUUGGAUACUCAAGCAACAGCAACGGUGGUCCUACAGGCAGGGAGCGUUUCCGACGGCGCCCCCGUCUCUUCCUCGUCCUUCCCCCGGCUCUAUGUCGAGUAAUGGUCGGCUUGCUUCACUGGAUGCACCGCGUAUUUCCCGGAUCAUCGAGGGCUGCUCAUCCGAUACCAGCUUCCCAUUUUCGGCGGAAAUUUUUCAAAAGCUAGGGGCUACAUAUGGAAACUGGAGAUCAAAAUUUUAGAAAAAAGGAAAUAUAGAGGUUGUUUCUUUCUUUCUUUCUUUCUUUCUUUUGAAAUCGACUUAAUUUAUCCCUUUUUCUUUUAUUUAUGUGCGUUGAUUUCUUCAUCCGUCGUUGGUUUAAUUUGAUAAAUCAGUGUGUCUCAUCAUACUUAAUUAACUAGAGCGGUAUUAAUCCCGAAGAUGACUUUCGAUUUGUUUUUACCUAAUCCAUUUCGAUAACUGUACAUUUGUCUUUUUCAAUAAGGUUAUCACUAUCCUAGAUUUUCUCGUCCUUGUUUAUCUAACUGCUUUUUCCUUUGACAUGAAAUAUAGGCAGACACAAAUAAAUACAGACCAAAUCACUAGAUGAUCAGUCAGGUUGAAAUAUCAGUGCAUUUAACAGCAUAGUCGUGCAAAGGAGUAAUAUAAUUAAUUCUUUGAAAAUAUUGACGUGUUGGAUGAAUUGUAGCCUAUGCGACCCUGUCAUUAGUCUAACGCGACCGCCGCCCCCUCUAAGUCGGCUAUUGAAUCGCAAUUCAGCGAUUCACGUAUGUGAUGCACGUAUGUUACACUGUUCAGUUUUAGAACAACAUAGACGAUGUUUUAUUCCAGACCUCGUUAAUCAACCGAUAAGUGCAUUCUGCUCGACCUGUAGGGCAUCAGCCUUUGCUGAAACUUCUGCAUAAUCUCACGCUAAAUACACAUGCGGUGGGCUUCAUAUUGUUUCUCCGAAUUUUAGUUGCUCCUUCAGUUGUACACACAGCAUCAACAGGGAGCGUCUAGCUUCUUCUGAAGUGGCGGAAACUCAUAUAUUUUGAAAGCAGCCGCCCAUCUCAUCAUCCCUGUUCUAGGACUCCCUAUUCCCCAGCUAUUUCCUUGGCAUUUCCGCACAGAAGCGACCAUAAGGUGGAUCGCAGAGCGGACCGCUUCCCCUUUCAUCCAAUCAAAAUGAUCCCGUUUUUUUAGCGCAGUUUGGCCCCGUCAAUUUUCAAAUAUUUAUUUCCUGUACAUCAAGAGGAAAGGGGCGCCCCCUUUCAUGGAAUGCAGAAACAUGGUCCUGUUUGACCGCGGAGUGCAGAUGUUACUGACGACGGUCGGUGCCUUUGCAGCCUUCAGCCUAAUGACUAUAGCAGUGGGCACCGACUACUGGUUGUACUCACGGGGCGUGUGCAAGACCAAAUCGGUCAGCGAGAACGAGACCAGCAAGAAGAACGAGGAGGUGAUGACCCACUCGGGACUGUGGAGGACGUGUUGCUUAGAAGGAACCUUCAAGGGUUUCUGUAAACAGAUAGACCACUUUCCUGAAGACACAGACUAUGAAGCAGACGCAUCAGAGUACUUCCUUCGUGCGGUGCGAGCCUCCAGCAUCUUCCCCAUCCUCAGCGUCAUCCUCCUCUUCAUGGGGGGUCUCUGCAUAGCAGCCAGCGAGUUCUACAAGUCGCGGCACAACAUCAUCCUCAGCGCCGGCAUCUUCUUCGUGUCAGCAGGCCUCAGCAACAUCAUCGGGAUCAUCGUGUACAUAUCAGCCAACGCGGGGGACCCCUCCCGGAGUGACUCCAAGAAGAACAGCUACUCGUACGGCUGGAGCUUCUACUUCGGAGCGCUGUCCUUCAUCAUGGCUGAGAUGGUGGGCGUGCUGGCCGUGCACCUGUUCAUCGACCGGCACAGACAGCUGCGGGUGGGAGCCGUCCACGCCCCAGACUACCUGCAGACCUCCGCCAUCACGCGCAUCCCCAGCUACCGCUACCGCUACCGGAACCGCUCGCGCUCCAGCUCCCGCUCCACGGACCCCUCGCAGUCCCGCGACGCCUCGCCCGUGGGCCUCAAGGGCUUCAGCGCGCUGCCGUCCACGGAGCUCUCCAUGUACACGCUCACCCGGGAUGCCCUCAAGCCCGCGACCACGCCCACCGCCACCUACAACUCCGACAGAGACCACAACUUUCUGCAGGUGCACAACUGCAUCCAGAAGGACCUGAAAGACUCGUCCCUCAGCAAUGCAGCCAACCGACGCACCACCCCUGUAUGAGAGAGCCCUGGGCGGGGGGGGAGGGGGGUAUAGACCAGCCCCAAGUGGUGAAAAUGUGAAUCUCCAUGAAAACAAAUCCCAAAAUGUUUUUUAAGGAUUUAAAAUGCAUGAUGUUCCCCGUCUAUUGUUACUUAAAAAAUAUUAAAAGGUUGGACUGGAAUUAUUCAUAGCUGCUGCUGAUUAAAGUGGGGGGUGUCUGUUUCGGAGCAGAGCUGGGGGACGAGAAGAUCAGCUUGUAAAUUUAAUGAGAGCUUCUAGUUUUCCACCUCUCGGCUCAGUGUGGAUGGGGCUGCAAGCUACCCCUCCCUCCUGCCCCCCCCACACACAUCUCUUUUAUUUAAUGGCCUAUUUACUGAUUGAGUGAUUUAUUUUUUUGCAUUAAAACUGUGAACCAUAACAGCUUGGAACUCAAAAAGGAGUAACCUAAUCUGUUAUCUCUCUCUCUCUCUCUUUCUCUCUCUUUCUCUCUCUCACUCUCUCGUCGACUCUGGUAACGCAAAAAAUAAAUAAAUUAAAUAAAGAGAUUGAAGGACACUGAAUACAACUCCUGUCUGUGUUGAGGAAAGACUCCUCUGGGGAGAAGAGCAGGAGACAGAGACUCAGGCAGAGAAUGUUAUCCGAAAUCGGUUCUUUUAGAAGAACAUUCUGGUCUUUUCCUGCUGCCGGUACUCUUUCAUUUUCGAUCACUGCAGGACUGUGAGCCCGAUCAUGAACCCCUAAUGCACGGCGAGCGGCAAGUGGAGGUUGACACAAAAAAAAGCUGGAAUGACAUCUGGAAAAGAGGAGAGGCGAGAAGGAAAAAAGGUAGCAGAAGUAGACGAGUGAAGAAAAUGACGAGUGAGAUACCAGGAGAAACGAGUGACUGAUACAUAAAGAAAUUUACAUGCAUGCUAAGAAUCUGCUCUUGAGAAAUUAACUUUUAAGAGAUAUUGAGAAUUAUUAGGGGCAAAAAGCAACAAUGCAAAAUGUUACAACUGUGUGUCUCAUUUUUGUUUCAUUUGAUUUCUAAAUGUAUGGUUUGGGUUGCCCAGAUUAGUCGAACGAAACAUAACACAAAGCCACCUUUUUGAAAUAUUUGCUUUACUUCAUUGUGUUAAUAUAGAUGUACUUUAUUUUAAAAUCUGACUUGGCUUUUUUUCAGUAUGCUGUUUAAAUGACAGGACUCUUUUUAAGGUGCCAAAACCGAAUUACCCUAUCCCCCUGACAAAUAAAUGUUAAUACCCCGGGGGGGGGGAGGGGACCCACAGUCGCAGAUCUCUGUGUGUCGUCAUUAUUCUGCUCGGCACUCUGAUGUGCAGUGUGAAGCGCUGAGAUGGUGAUCUUCAGAAAACGGACCCACGCAUCAGGCGAUGAGGGAAUGGGCCCUGCAGCUUCAUGAAGGACACCUUCUUCUGCACCUGUAUACCUCAGCAAAUGUGUCUGCAUUAAUUAAGUGUAAAAGAUGAAAGCACCCUAAGUCUCCUUAAAUACGAGUCCUACAAAGAACUAUGAAUAUGAGGCGUCUAACCUCUGGCAGUGGAGAACUGACAGCAGCUAUCUAGUUACAGUCACUGUAAAUGUUAUCCAAAGGUCGAUCCGUGAAACAGGUUUGCGCCUGAUUGUCAGAAGAGUUCAGUGCUGAAACCUUUGGAUAUGCUCACUGUAUACAUUACUGUCAAUAUAUGAAAUC